AGUAUUUCCUAGCGCAUUCAUUUGGAUGGUUUGAAUUUUAUUCUACUUCCGGAAGUGACUUCUUUUAUUUGCAGCGAUAAUGAUACCUACUGGAAUUCCACUGAUGUGCUUGAUUCGCCGCUCAGAAGUGUGAACAAAUCUUUUUAUAUGUUUUCUCGGCAAUGAAAUUGAUUGUUGAUCCGUCAAUGCAGACGUGGGGACCAUAUGUCUAAAUUAUGGCGAGACGAGCGAGCGAAAGCCGGUUUUUCGAAAAUCGAUUGCGAGAAUAUUCCACGCGAAACGAAGAUAAUGUUCUGCGAGAUGGAACCCUGACUCCUCUAGUGCUGAACGAAAUUCACCAGCUCGGAUCUCAAUUUCUGGCCGAAUGGGAGCAGAAAUCUGCGAGCAGACAUGGGCUGGAAGGUGAAUGCGUUUACACUGGCAUUGGUGGAGCCGCUUUGCUUCACUAUUUUUUGUUCAUGAAAAACAAGAAUCCAACCGCACUGGACAAAGCCGUAGCAGCUGUGAAUGUCUGCUUGCCGCAUUUGAAGUUCAAAGAUCCGUCCUUUCUUUGCGGGGAUGCCGGGGUUCUGGCAGUUGGUGCAGCUGCGUAUUGCAAAAGCGGGAAUCUGGAAAUGGCCGACAAACUGUACAAGCAGUUGGAAUCAUUUUCCGGAAUCAUUCUCAGCCCGGAUUCCAAAGUCCCCGAUGAGCUUCUUUACGGGCGUGCGGGUUAUCUCUACUCGUUGCUCUUUCUUAAGAAAGAAUGUCCCGGGGAAAUCACAGUGAGUGAUGCCUUGAUCAGGGAAACUUGUGGAGCGAUCAUUAAGUCCGGGGAAAACUGGAGCGCAAGGAUGCGAUUCCCUGCGCCAUUGUACUACGAAUGGUACAGCGAAGCAUAUCUGGGUGCUGCCCACGGAUUCGCAGGCAUUCUGUUCAUGCUCCUCAACGCUGUCAGUUAUCUAAACGCGGAAGAUCUUGAGAAAAAAGUCCGAGUGACAAUCGAUCAUUUGCGGAACUCGCGAUUUCCAUCAGGAAACUUCCCAGCUGCAAUCGGCGAUCGGUCUGAUAAUCUUGUGCAUUGGUGCCAUGGUGCUCCGGGUUUCGUGUUCCUUUUCGCAAAGGCCUUUCAAGUGUUCGGUGAUUAUAAGUAUCGUGAUGCGGCUUACGAAGCCGCUGUGAACGUGUGGGAACGUGGCUUGUUGAAGAAGGGCUAUGGGCUUUGUCACGGAGUCGCCGGCAAUGCGUAUGCUUUGCUCUACAUGUUUCAAGUGCUGGGUGAUAAGGCGUUUUUGCACCGUGCUGCCGAAUUUGCUAAGUUCUGCGGAACUCGGGGAAAGCUGCCUGUCAAUGUCCCUGACACCCCCAUGUCCAUGUUUGAAGGUCUCGGGGGUACGAUUUACUUCUUGAAUGAUUUUCUGGAUCCGAUGAAUGCCAAGUUCCCGGAAAUCGUGGUAUUGACUUAUGGAAACGAGAUGAGUGACAUAGAAGAGAGGUCGUUUCGCAAUAACUUGAAAGAUUUUCCGUCGGACAAAGAAGAAUCGGUUGUUCAGCGUGAUGGCACGUUGAACAUAGAAUUUCAAAGCUCCUCACGAAGUAUGGCAGAUAAAUAUUUCUCGGAGUGGCGCACAAAAACGCGAACAGAUCAUGAUCGUGGUUACAGCGGAGAAAGCGUUUAUACGGGUCUUGGUGGUGCAGCGCUUUUACAUUAUUUUGUGCAUUCCAAAUCCAAGGACCCAGCCGAAUUGAGAAACUGUUUGGAAGUUGUCGAGAAGCAAGUUGGACGCCUGAAGUUCAAAUAUCCCUCAUUUCUCUGCGGAGACGCUGGGUUGCUCGCCAUCGGAGCAGCUGCCAGGUGUAGAAACGGAGAACCAGACAAAGCCAGGGCGUACUAUCACGAAAUUAUCAAGAAAUUGUCCGGCAUGGUGUUGGACACCAACUCCGGCAUUCCGGACGAAGUGCUUUACGGUCGUGCGGGAUUUCUCUACGCGCUGCUCUUUGUGCAACGCGAAUGCUCUCCCGAAGUGACAGUGGAUGAAAAGCUCAUCAGAGACGUGUGUUCCGCGAUUCUUGAUUCUGGUGAACGGUUUAGUCGCAAUGUGAGAUUCCCGGCGCCUUUGUACUACGAAUGGCACGACAAGGCGUAUCUUGGCGCAGCGCACGGGUUCUGUGGUAUAUUGUUCCUGUUGCUCUCGGCGAAAGUGUAUUUGAGAGAAGAGGAUGUGAGAAAAGUGCGAGCGACGAUCGAUCACUUGAUGAGUUUGCGGUUUGCUUCGGGAAACUUUCCGAGUUCUCUCGGGAGUCGUUCCGACAAACUCGUGCAUUGGUGUCACGGUGCUCCGGGAUUUGUGUUUCUCAUGGCGAAAUCGUUUGAAGUGUUCCGUGAUCCGAGGUACUUGGAAGUGACUCGCGACGCUGCGGACAUUGUGUGGAAAUACGGGCUUCUGAAGAAGGGCUUCGGAUUGUGUCACGGAGUCGCCGGGAACGCUUAUGCAUUGUUGUAUGCAUACCAAGUGCUUCGAGAUGAGAGGUUUUUACAUCGCGCCGCGGAAUUUGCAAGAUUUUGCGAGCAACGAGGUAGAAUUCGCGUGAACACGCCGGAUCGGCCGCUGUCCAUGUUUGAAGGCUUGGCUGGAACUGCGUAUUUCUUGAUUGAUUUUCAAGAUUUUGAAAAAGCGAAAUUCCCGGGAUUCGUAGUGUGAGACGCUCAAUUACGUGUGGUUGAAAAUUCCAUCUCUAUGGCUGUUAUGGUCAUUCAACUGUGAUUGAAAUGCUGCAGACUUCAUCGUGUCUCGGGUCUUCUCGUUUCAACCUCUUGCUUUGUCUUCUUGAAAACUUAGCGAAAAUAUGUGAACUACUGUGAACCGAAUCCGGUUUUUUAUAGUACAGUACAGUACUUUACUUCCUGACAAAGGUGAUUCAAUAGAAUCCAAACUAACCGUAGUUGAACCGAAAUAAUGUACAGUACAGUACUAUGAUUCAGUUAAGUAUAGUAGAACUUGAAUUGAAAAUUAAGACAACGCAUGACAGGUUUUUUCUUGUUAUUGCCGAUUUACACGUUAAUUUUAGAAUGCCAGGCUUUUUUUUCGAUCCAGAACGGGUAAAACAAGUAUCCAGGGUGACGCAAGUUUAACUUGACCUCUUACGACGCAACCCGAAGUAUCGUAACAAUACACAAGGAAAACAUUCGACCUUGAUUUGAGCUGAACUAAGUGAAAGAUUUAAACAAGUACAUAACUAGACGAAAACACGGAGUCGUAGUUAUCGUGGGAAAAAUGAGUUCUAUAGAAUUUCAGUGAUGAAAACAUUUUAUAUAAUGACUUUGGUGGAAAUUUGCGCGGAGCUGCGCUCAACAUUAAUUGGCGGGAAUCUCCAGUUUUCUCCCAUUUUCAUCGAGAAUUUGUAAUUAUUAGGUUGUGUUAGGUUAAUUUUUAGGUUGUGUGUCUUCGAAAUGAUUUGGGAUAUGAUGUUUACUCAUCGGUUCGCAGAUGGCUGUGAUGCUGAAUUUCCGAUUCUCUGGUCAUUCACGGAUUAAACGUGGGAAGUGAGUGAAUGAUUUGCACAGUGAAUAUUCAUUAGAUCAAGUUUGGACUUUUGGAGUCGCUGUCGGAAUUUGCGCGCCUAAUCAGUUCUCCGGGAAAAAUAGUGUUCAGGGAAAGAAAACGUAUUCUCAUGCAAAUUAAAAUUGUUGUCUUCGUGCA